CCUCCGGCACUGCCUCCUCCCUCCUCCCUCCUCCCCUCUCCCUCCAAUGCCGCCGCCCAUGGCGCUCUCCGUCUCGGUCUCCUCCUCCGCCGCGGCCUUCGCCCCGCGCCACGGCCUCCCCUCCGCCACCCCCGCGCCCAGCCGCCUCCUCCGCGCCGCCCGCGCCUUCUCGACGGGCUACGCCGCGAGCUUCUACGGCGGCGCGGCGUCCGCGACCCGCACCCGCGGCCGCGACGACGAGGAGGUCGGGGACGAGGACGGGUCGUCGUCGGGGUUCGGCGGGAUGUCGGCCUCGGAGGCGGCGAUGGCGCUGGAGGAGCGCGAGAUGCCGCCCUGCCCGCCCGGCCUCCGCCAGUACGAGACCAUGGUCGUGCUCCGCCCCGACAUGUCCGAGGAGGAGCGCCUCGCCCUCAUCCAGCGCUACGAGGAGCUGCUCGUGGCUGGGGGCGCCAUGUACGUGGAGGUGUUCAACAGAGGGGUCAUCCCGCUGGCCUACAGCAUCAGGAAGAGGAACAGCAGGACCGGGCUGCCCUUCACCUACUACGACGGCAUCUACCUCCUCUGGACCUACUUCACCAAGCCCGAGUCAGUGGACGCCCUUCAGAUGAAGCUCAAUGCCGACGAUGAUGUUAUCCGCUCGACCAGCUUCAAAGUCCGCAAGAGGAGAGUGUACUAGGACCAAGAAUGUAAAAUUGGUUUCAUCUGGACUGGGCUGAAAGCUCCAUGUUUUUAGUUCGUGUUUAUAUGUUACGAGAAUGCUACUGCCUACAUUGUAUUGUAGAUGUAUGCCUUCUUUUGCAAUUGUUGUUGAGGGAGAAUUUUCAUCUGUUUUGUUCA